GCCCAGGAUGUGCAUGCGGAAUAGCAAAUGAAACAGUAUCUGAGCCCAAGGAGGUUUGUCGAAAUGAUUUGUGACUUGAGCUCAUCUGAGGUGAAAUCAGGUAUCACAAUUAGGAGGAAUCAACAAAACUUGAUAGGUACCUGGGCAGAGGAUGACGGGAGGGAUGCGCAUGAGCUAUUGCCUCUUUGGAACAAAUUUCCACUCAAUGACUGAUGGCAGUAAGUUUCUAGGGUUGCAGAGUGUAUCUGAUACGUAAUGCCACUUCUCCUACAGUAAACCGUUGGGGAAACGGCAGCGCUCUGAUCACACACCUAGACACUGUCAGACACUCAUUUCCCGUCGAUUUCAGGCCAGAGUGAAUUUCGUAAUAAUGCAACUCACCGUGUGCCUAAGCCUGGGGGAGACGCAAGAUGAUGGCAAUCGAUCCAAUCUCAGCAAAAGCAAGCAAAACGGCUGCGCAUGCAUGUCUAGUGUGCGUGGAUCACACACAGUAAAGAGCGGAAUUAGACUCUAGAGUCUGUGCUGUUAAUGAUGAUACCAACAUUGAGACAAACCCUGAACCCAGUAAGGGACAACAUCGUCCCGAUUACUCCGUACUGGGGUUUCUCUUUGCAUUUCACAUGGUUGCAUGAUAUCCUCCCAACUCUGUACCCCUUUCUCGGCCUCAAAGGGUCGGGCCGUUGAGAAGUGGUAUGAUUUGUAUCUAGAGAGUCAGAGACCUGCCUGUACUGCUUUGCCUAUGAGCAAUAAGAGAAACAUUCGAAACUGGAAUGACGAUAUUCUCAUAUGUUCAUGCGUAUUGUCGGACAGAUGUUCCUGUUGUGAAUUGCUACGUCUACCAGUCGAGAUAGUGCCCCACAAGUAUCCGCAACCUCAGCACAACGCUCGAGAACAUAUGGCAACAACGGGCUAGAAAGUUGGCGUGAGUUCUUAUUCUGUUGUUUAUAGUAACAGAGAAAUACUUCGAUACUGCGUUUUCGUGGAGGACAUUUAUACAAACUACAAAUAAAAACCAUAUAAAACGGUACAAAACAAAGGCAAAAACACCAAAAAGUCCCGAUGGUAUUGUAAUAAUAACAGCGCCUGAUGUAAAUUGAGGUCAGAUCAGUGGACGCGUAAGAGUUUACCCUGGAUACUGGACAAACUGAGUAAGGUACUUUAGCUUUCAAGCAUAUUACUUGGUAGCAGGACAAAUGAAAACACAUUGAACACAAAUACCAGAUUCCUUCAGACUUGCAUAGCUUGCAAAUUCAGUCUCAGAAGCCCAAUCACGACCUCAACAACAGAUGUAGCGUCCACAAUGCCCCGUCAACCGGAGCAGCUCCAGAGAGGGGCCUCCAAUAGUGGAUAAUAUCGGGUUCCGGUGGGGCCCUCGCCGGGGCCUUGUGCGCCGAAUUCGAUGAUUGCGAACCGAGACCUUGUUCCGAAAGCACGACAUCGGGGUCGCAAAGCAAGACGUUGUGUCUAAAAAGGUCAUUCAAAAGAUCGAAGCCAAUCCAGGCAUGGGCUAUUAUUCGGUUAAAGACAACACAGGGAUUCUUUGGCCUCUUUCUUGUUUUGGUUAUUGCAAUUUCUUUAAACUUGAGCUUUGAGGCUCAGUACUCUCUUUUUCGUGUCCUUGAUUAUCCAUUUAUCCACAUUGACACAGAAAUUGCCGUCUACCCAGCACCCGUACCUUGCCCUGCUCUGAUGAAAUCCGUAUAAGCAAAGCCCUGCUAGUCUAAUGUUUUUCAUGAUCCCCCCCCCUCGAAUCCCAUCUUGUCAAUUAUGUCUGACAUUUUUUUCCUUUGCGUGUUCUAGGUUCUAACCAGGGUUUGGACAACGAGGGGGAACCACUUAAGUUAGCCCCCGUAGUCGGCGCCGCUGCCCUUUACUGUACCUCCGUUUUCCGUCCUCAAAUGCUCGUCGUGACUCUGCCAAAGGUUAUUUUCCUCACCGUUCUAUGACUGAGCACGGCAGUCGUCGGCCUGUACCCUGGCUUGUGAGAACAUUAGUAGAGAUACCGGCUUCGAUUGAAUCAAGAUACGGCCGAUGACGGUAGAUUUCUAUCUGUAGGCAAUAGAUAGGGUGACUCGUUUUAGGGCUAUUGCACUACGGACAGGGAAAUGAAAUAAUCAACAUCGAAGUCCUGGAAAUACACCACCUCGCCUCUCUCUGAUUAAUACAGUAUUUACUCAAUUAUCAAUAUCGGAUAUCUCCUUGCUAUUGGGAAGGUCCCAGCGCCUAUGAUUCUUGACAACACGACUUGACCCCCACUAUCACCCCAUUUGAAACAUCGUCAAGUGGUUUCUGCGCCCAUUUACAGAUACCUACAUCGGUGUCCUUACUGAGCCUCACCAAGGACUCGACAACACAUCACAUCCCAGCGAAACGCAUCGUGAAGCGGACGCUCACCCGCACGUCCAUAGGGCACAAACCUGCUACGUACUCCACAGUCAAAGCCACCGAGCAGAGAACGUAAUUCAAAAAGUCAAGUGACUCAUAGACACGGAAAGAUUGAGUUGCCAAGCUCCCCCAGUAUUUGGCGAGUUAGAGUCCUGCCUCAAGAGGAAAGAAGACAGAAGCUCGACCUGUAGCUUCCGCAGCCAGGGUCCUCGUCUCAGUUCCAUCUCCCCAGCAAAGUGACAAGGGCGUAUUUCUGGAGAAAAAAAGUGAAACCGCUUUUUGUCCGUCCGUUGCCAUCCGUCUUGCUCCGUCGUUGUCAUCGCUUGUCGUCCUCUCCUCAACCUCGCCAAAAAUUUGGGUUUGGUUUCGCAAAGAAAUUGGCUGGGCUGCGCCUGUUGCAGUUAAUAUCCCCUUCCUACGAGGACAAGACACGCCAAGCAGCAGUAUUUGCAUAAACGCACUCACAAUCUCAUUCUUACACACCUCACAACAUCAGAUAAGCGUCGGCCGCAACAUUUGUUGCAUCACAAUCCCUUGAUUCAUUCACUGACUGAUUUCCCUGCCCUACACCACCCAACAAGACGAGACGCACCCCCGUUCCCCGAGCUUACCCCUGCUCCCUCUCCCCAUACUCCGGUAUCUCUGCGAGUUUCUCAUCUGAGCUACGGUACCAUUGCCAUUCCCAAACCCAAACAUGGGCCAAACGCUCUCGACCAUGACAGUGGCCUCGCCUUCGGGACCCGGUUCCGCCCAAAACGUCUUAAACCGACUUUUCUUCGCUAGUGGCCCCUUGCGCUCCGCGACAUCGUCUACUUUGACCCGUGCUUCUACCCGCUCGUCUACUGUUGUUCCCCCAGUCACUGUUCUCACGGCGACUACUAAUAAUCGCCGCCCUCGACCCUCAAUCCCCAGGCUCUCCUAUCCAUCCUUCUUUCCGUUCUCAUCACCCCAUCUCUCAUUGUCUAUGUCCAUGGCGUCUUCGUCUCCUCAUAGUACCGCCAGCUCUGAAAUUGCCACACCUCGCUCUAGAUCAUCAACAGCAUCAUCCCCACGAAGACUUACAGAUUCCAAUCCAAUGUCCCCCGUCGACCUUUCCAAGAUCGAACAAGAAAUCAAGAUGGCCGCCCUUGAUCAACACCGUGGCUACGUCCAAGACCACUAUGCCGAGGUCAAGCAGGACCGAACACCUGAAUAUGUUGACGAGUCCAAUGCUGCCGGCUACCAGAUUGUCCGAGAACCUCUCUGGAACAAAGGACUUGCCUUCACGCCCGAGGAACGCGCCUCCAAGAACCUCACUGGUCUUCUCCCCCACACAAUGGAGAGCUUCGAGACCCAGUGCGCCCGAGCCAUGAAGAUGAUUCAGACCCGUCAGACACCUAUCGACAAGUACCUUUACCUGUCCACUCUCAAGGACCAAAAUACCGACCUUUUCUAUCGUCUCCUCAUCGACAACAUCCGAGAGCUCAUGCCCCUCGUCUAUACCCCUACAAUCGGCGAUGUCUGCUUGCAAUACUCUAGCAUUUACACUCGCCCCGAGGCUCUGUACAUCUCCAUCAAGCAGCGAAAGUCCAUUCGUGCUAUGCUCCGAAACUGGCCUUGCCAGGAUCCCGAGAUUUGUGUCAUCACCGAUGGCUCUCGCAUUCUUGGUCUGGGCGAUCUCGGUAUCAACGGUGUCGGUAUCUCUAUCGGAAAGCUUGCUCUUUACACCGGCGCUGCUGGUAUCCACCCCUCCAAGACCCUUCCCAUUGUCCUUGACUGCGGUACCAACAAUGAGGAGAACCUGAGGGACCCCUUCUACUUGGGUCUCCGACAAAAGCGACCUUCAUACCCUGAGCAGCAGGCUUUCAUGGAUGAGUUCAUGGAGGCUGCCCGCGAGGUUUUCCCCAGCAUGGUUGUCCAGUUCGAGGACUUCGACAGUGAGAAGGCCUUUGGUUAUCUCGACCGUUACCGAAACCAAUACCGAUGCUUCAACGACGAUAUCCAGGGAACUGGUGCCGUCGUGCUGGGUGGAUAUAUUGGCGCCGUUGAGCAGUCUGGUGUUCCAAUCGAGGAACAGCGACUAGUCUUCAUGGGUGCUGGCUCUGCUGGUGUCGGUGUUGCCAAACAGCUCGUUGAGUACUAUACACGCCGUGGAUUGAGCGAGGCUGCCGCCCGCGACAAGUUCUGGCUUGUCGAUACCAAGGGUCUUGUUACUAAAGACCGUGGUGACCGCCUGGCUGAGCACAAGAAGUACUUUGCCCGAACUGACAACAAUGGUCACCAGUACCGUACUCUCGAGGAAGUCAUCGAGUAUGUCAAGCCCAGUGCCCUGGUUGGUCUCACUGCGACCUUCGGCGUCUUCACCGAGCCCGUUGUCCGCGCUCUCAAGAACUCUGUCCAGGAGGGUGGCCUUGAGCGCCGUCCCAUUCUCUUCCCUCUUAGCAACCCUCUCACAAAGGCUGAGUGUACCUUUGAGCAGGCCAUUGAGUGGACUGAGGGCACUGUCCUCUUCGCUUCUGGCUCUCCCUUCAACCCUGUCAAGGCCAAGUUUGGUGACGAAACUCACCACACGGUCUACCACCCCAACCAAGGUAACAAUGUUUACAUUUUCCCUGGUCUCGGUCUCGGUGCCAUCCUGGCCAAGGCUUCUCGAAUUACCGACGAGAUGGUUUACACCUCUGCCGCUGCUCUGGCCGGCUCCCUAAAUGCCGAUGAGGUUCACAAGGGCCUUAUCUACCCCCGCAUUGAGCGUGUCCGUGAUGCUAGUGUCAUUGUCGCUCGUGAGGUCAUGAAGGCCGCUCGACGCGGUGGUGUCUCUGAGCUUCCUGAGUCCCAAUGGGCUGAGUGGGAGGAGUGGGGUGAUGUUGCCCUGACCACAUACAUCAAACAGCGUAUCUACAACCCCCUUUGCUUUGCUGAUGCUAAGACGCAUCUGUAAUCAUGUGCACACUUGUGUAUGAUUGCAAGCAUUGCCAUUUGAGGGUUGGUAAUAGGCCAAGAUGCAUAUCUCGACCAUGAAGUGCUCGUCGUCGGGAUUGCACUUGCAAAAUGAUUGCGGUAUUUGAGUGACUUGAGUAUACCAACCCAGCUGCCUUGUGCAGUCUUGAAUGCCAAAGAUCAGCUGUGGUUACUCUUGUUAUGUCAUGUUAUGCCACACGCUAUAGUCGGUGGUCUCUAGUACUCUGCUGAGCGAGCCUCCGUGAUGAGGCUUUUUUUGUUUUCCAUAAUCUGCUUGACGUGUUAACGGCUAUUAAUUUUGUUUACAUCUGGCAUGAACCAGACAGGAUGGGAAUAGAGGCGAGGUUAAAAAAGAGAUGGAAGAAGACUUUACAUACCAGUCAACGAGAUAUUCGAAACAAGCAUUGCUGUGCCUUGCCUCGCCCAUUUCCAAUGUGACAUCUGAUGUGGUGACUGUGAUGGGAUUGUUGGAUCAACGAUUCAACUAGCGAUGAAGUACUGCGAGCCUCGAGGUGAGGUGAUUGGUUGGCCACAAAAUGCCGUGGGUAGAUAUGUUGGUGACUUGUCAUCUUCUGCGAUCAAAAUGGGGGUGAUUGUCCUGGGGCUUUGCGAACUGGCACUGGAAAGCAACAUAUGAAGGUGCUAAAGACCCAGUCAUUCUGGGAAGCACCAUGACAUGCCCCAAAGCCCAGGCAUGCUUUGCCUAUCUCUCAGCAUGAAGGAUCAAGUUCUGGCGUGAUUGGGGUGAGUGACUCCAAUGACCCUCUGCGCUGUUCAUGUCGAUCAAGGCCUGGGCCCCUGACGACUCUGACUGAAGGGCACCUGUUAUCGUGGAGGUGACCAGUGAUCACGUUGUAAGAUGGUUGCCAUGUCCAGGAUUGCCAGUGGGUAUUUGGGUAGUUUCGGUCCAAGUUGUUGUUCUUGUUACAUAGAGGAAAGAAUGACGAUAUGAGAUACAAGAAGAUGUGCGAAGCUUUGCUUGCGAUGUCCGAUCGCUCAGGCCUGUUGACGUUGUUGGUUUACCAAGCAAGCUAUGUUGAAUUGCUGGAGGAGAUUGUUUGUUAGGCCGCCGCAAAUCGAUGUCCGAGAGCAUAAAUAGAAACUGAGGCUCUUGAAUGUCCAAAGCCAGGCAUUGAUGCCUGUAGGAAGAGUUGAGGCGAGUCAAGGGCACCACUUGGGCCCAGAGAAAUGCCACAGGAUCGUGAUCGUAACAAACGGGCAGGUGAAUGUGAGGGAGGGUUACAACUUGCUGGGGGUAGGUGGUUUUUGUCCCUCGCACAACCUAAGUCAAGUCGUAAGAUGGGAGGACGUCAAGGCCGGUUGAUAGCCGCAGCCGCUUCAGGACGUCGGUAGCCGAGCCAAAGCUCGCCUGGAGGUUCGGGGAUGGCGUUUGCCAAAGCCGAGCAGGGGGAGUCUACAUAUGCAGUGCGACGGCGCGUGGCUGCGGCAGAGAGAGGGCAUAGGGCAAAAUAUGAGACAUAUUCCUGUCAUAGAAAACGUACCCUGUGCCAUUGGGCAACGGAGACUAAUGGUGGAGGGGUUUUGUACUUGUAUUUGAGCAAGGCUUGUUGUUGGUGCCAUGUACUCCGUAGCGAUGUCUUCUUCAACGGUGUUAUAUUUGCGGUGGUGGGCACACCUGAGGUACCUUUGGGAUUGUUGUAUGUGGAGUCCGUCUCGGGCCCGGGCCCCAGCUUUCGAUAAUAACGGCGGAGAGUGCGGAAGGUUGGCGGAUGGGUGUAGGCAGCUGAGAUGUUUUCUUUUUACACAAAUUAUCAUACGGAAAGGGAUGCUAAACUCUAUGUCAAAGAAAUUAUGUUGUUGUCUUGAUUUCAUGCCUUCUGUACAGAGUACUCAGGCACACAUGACGGGUUGAAACACAAUUUCGAGGAUUACUAAGUUGGCCGCCGUAACUGAGCAUCUACUCCAUACUGAGCAGUGUAACAAAAUACUGGCAAGUAAGUGCUUAAUCAUCUCUCACUCCACUAAUCAUUUACGUCUAGAUGGUGUGUGAUCGUUGAACAGACCAACUCUCAGCUUCGAUCAAGAAGCCUGUUCCUGGUUCGUAUCACGCAUCAACAGCCCGAGAGAAAAACUCCGUAGUGGGGAUUUCUUCACAAACAAGCACAACAUUUGACGUGGAUUGCGGUAAAUCGCUCCUCUUAUAUGGAUGAGUUGUUGGGGAGUGUCAAGAGAAUGCCCGAGGGUCCCGAGAAUUCUACGAGACUGACCGACGUUAUUUCCCUACAGUCAUCAUCGGCCAGAAGUGAUGUGCUUAGACCAAGCUGUCAGUCAUUGUUGAUCUCGGACCUGAAUUCGACGUCCUCGGUCCUUCGCGCAUUACACAUCUGUGCGUCGUGAAUACAGCGAAUGAUGGCACGAUCGUCAACCUUUGGGUUACGGAACAUGUCCAUGGCGGGAGAUCGGCCACACCACCACCCCAGCUCGUUUACUACUCCGUACAGACUUGGCAGAUUACUGGAAUAAUGCGGAGGGUAAAAAAGCUAAAGUCCUACGGAGAAAUACCGAUAUCCAGGGUGAAGGUGAAAUACAUCUAUCAAACCCAGUCCAAAGCUCAACCAUCAGGGCCGGCCAUGCCAAAAAAUAGCCCCUGUCUGGGCUGGGCUGGGCUGGAGCUGCAUCUGCAUCAAGAUGGCUUUGACCGGCACAAGACGACACGAUGCACGACGAGGUUCCUGGCCCACUUGCACCCCAUGGAGAAGCACAAAUAACCUGCUGAAGGAUUAAAAAGCGGAAAAUACCUGCUCUCAUUGGAGUUUGAUUUCCCCUGCCUUCAUGGCUCAAACCUCGAGGGGCUCAACUUGACCAGGCAGGGUUAGCCGGAUGUCUUUUCCCGCCCCCCUUCGAGCUUAGGCUUACAGUAGCCCUCCGCAGUGGUAACCAGUGGGCUCGGGUUGUGGCCGAUGGGGGAGGUGAUCUCAGCGCCGGACGCACCGGGGCCGGAAGGGGAUCCACUGCGGGUUGAACUCCGCUUCAGGCGGGACUGACUUGACCUUCGGUGAUUGAUUUGCAUCGCGAUGAUGUGGAGAUCCCCCGACGUCUCACCUUUACUAGCUUGCUCCCAAACUGGAUGUUCACCUUGGAAUUCGAGGCGGUCACAAGAAUGACACUCAAUAGUUGAUACUCCGUACCCACAGAGCACAAUACACCCACAUGACCUUGACGAAACGGUGAAGAAAAAACAUAUUUACUGCAGUCAAGGUGUGGGGAAAGGAGUGUAAGAAUGAGAUGAGGUGAGGUGGUGUAGUGAGGAAUUUUCGUUCCGUGUCUCCCAUCCUCAGCCCUCUUUAAUUUUAGAUAGAUCACCUUGCUGGCCAUCACAAUCCAUGCAAAUCUGCAACAAGACACAAACCUGCAGCAUCGGUUAAAUUUGUUGGGGGAUGGAAGCAGUAUAUUUGCUUUUCCUUUUUCUUAAUCUGUAUAUGAAGAAAUAUGAUCAUGAAAGAGUAUCCGUAUGUUUGAGCGAGUUUGCUAUCUUGCUCCUACACCGACUAUUACGUGCCUGAUAGAACAAGAAGAACGCGUUUAAAUAUUAAGCUUCAGUGACCCGGAGCAACCCGUUGACUUGCACCGUUAGGAACCCGUAGCGGUGUUGGCCUUCCAUGGAUGCUCACGCUCACACCCUCAGACGUUUUGGCAUGCCAUUAUGCAGGUGGAAAUGUACUUUCGACAGAGAUUUCACAGCCUCAUGAUUCGUCAACAGAGCUACCCAUCAAGGAUAUUGGUUGUUUUUUUGAAUAGCCGAACGUUGCCGACUAUUCUCCGUUAUUGGCCAAUUUGUCUGACGUAAUUCGUGUCCAUACGAACUGAUUGG